AUGGUGGAGGUGGAGGAGUUGGGGAGUACGGAGAUGGUUGUGGUGGUGGUGGAGGAGGUUAUAGUUGAGCAUUUAUCGGUUGAAGAAGCAUCAGGCAUCAAAGAAAGAUUUCAAGUGAUGGACACUAGCAAUAAAGGAAAGAUUACCAUCGAUGAGCUAAGGAUCGGAUUGCGUAAACUAGGGAUUGUUGUUUCUCAAGAUGACAUUCAAAUCUUGAUGGACGCGGGAGAUGUUGACAAAGAUGGAUACUUAGACGUUAAUGAGUUCGUAGCCAUAUAUCGUGGUUAUAUCGAAAUAGAGGAGUUGCGAGAUGCCUUGGCGAAUGAGUUUGACACAACUAGUGAAGAAGUUGUCGAAGCCAUUAUCCUUGAUGUUGAUACCAAUAAGGUUAGACACAGGUUUUGUUAG